CGCUGAGGCAGCCAUUGCAUUUCACGCAUCGUAAACGAAAAGACGUAUUAUUGUGCACAACAUCAUACAAAGUUGUAGUGUUAACAAGUUAACAGUUUUUUUUUGUUCUUUUGUGCCGGUAAAGACGAAAUAAAACAAUCGAAAUGGGUAAAAAGAAACAGCAGAAGAAUGUGCUUGGGGCCAUAAGCCAAAUGACAAUACAACCGACAGCUGAAGCUCAACAACAACAGCAACAAGGUUCACAGCAACAGCGCCAGCAGCAAGAACUUCAACAGCGUCCGCAAGGUUCCCAGCAGCAGCAGCAGCAAGGUCCGCAAGGGGGACAGCAGCAGCAGCAGCAAGGUCCGCAAGGGGGACAGCAGCAGCAAAAACCUAAAGCAUCGGGAAAAGGACAACAGCAGCAGCAAGGUCCGAAAGGUGGACAGCAGCAGCAAAAACCAAAAGCAUGGGGUCAAGGACAACAGCAGCAGCAAGGUCCGGAAGGUGGGCAGCAGCAGCAAAAACCUAAAGCAUCGGGAAAAGGACAACAGCAGCAGCAAGGUCCGGAAGGUGGACAGCAGCAGCAAAAACCAAAAGCAUGGGGUCAAGGACAACAGCAACAGCAAGGUCCGGAAGGUGGACAGCAGCAGCAAAAACCAAAAGCAUGGGGGCAAGGACAACAGCAGCAGCAAGGUCCGGAAGGUGGACAGCAGCAGCAACACCCUAAAGCAUGGGGAAAAGGACAACAGCAACAGCAAGGUCCGGAAGGUGGACAGCAGCAGCAAAAACCAAAAGCAUGGGGGCAAGGACAACAGCAGCAGCAAGGUCCGGAAGGUGGACAGCAGCAGCAACACCCUAAAGCAUGGGGAAAAGGACAACAGCAGCAGCAACAACAACCCCAAGGAUCCAAGCAGCAACAAGGGGCACCACAGCGUGAAACAACACCACGCCAGCAGGGAGACGGUGAUGGUCGUGCAACUGGCAGUGCGUGUCCGCGUGACGCUUCCGUCACAUCAUCGAAAUCUUCCGGUUCCGGUGACGGUAGCCUAAAGCCAAUCGGCGAGAACAUCGAGCAGAUGCGUACAGCGAAGGAAAAGAUUCGCCGGACCGAUCUGCAACCGGUGCUGGUGCGCAGUGGAACACAGGGCACUCGUGGCAAAAAGGUGAUAGUGGAGGCCAAUUUCUUCCGGCUGCUGCUUGACAAGCUGAAGGGUGUAGCGUACCACUACGAUGUGGCAAUCGAACCGGACCGCCCGAAAAAGUUUCUCCGCGGCGUAUUUGCGCAGUUCUGCCGGGAAAACUAUCCGAAUGUACCGUUGGCGUACGAUGGGCAGAAGAGUGCGUACGCAACCCGCCAGCUGACCGAUAAGAAGGCUAAGGUCAUGUACCAGCCGGACGAUGGCGGUAAAGCGAAAGAGUACAGCGUGCAGAUGAAGGAGGCGGCCCAACUCGAUCUGGGUAUUCUUAAAUCAUAUAUGAAAUCGAACGAUACCACGUUCGCGAAACCGAUGAGCGCGAUCCAGUGUCUGGAUGUGGUGCUGCGUUGCGCCUAUGAGAACAAUCCAAACUUUGUGCGGUUCAAGCGUAACGUGUACAUGGUCCCUGACGAGCGCAUCGACCUCGGCAAGGGACACGAGCUGUGGUACGGGCUGUUUCAGUCGGCCGUGCUCGGUUGCCGGCCCUACAUAAACCUGGACGUAUCCCACAAAGCGUUCCCGUCUGCGGCACCGCUGCUGACCGUGAUCGGAAACAUGAAUCGGGGCAACGUGGAAUCGAUCAGCGGAUGGGCACUGAACGAACUGCAAAGCUUCCUCAAGGGUAUGGACGUAGUGUACAAGAACCCGGCAGGCGUCACCAAGCGGAUGCGCUGCAACGGGUUGCGCGAACCGGCCAGCCAGCAGAUGUUCAAGCUGGACGACGGGACGCGCCUCUCGGUGGCAGACUACUUUGCCAAGCGCCUCAACUAUCGGCUGCGCUACCCAAAUCUGCCCGUCGUGCACGUCGGCAGCUCGGUGCGUUCGGUGUACGUGCCGGCCGAACUGUGCGACAUACCGGGCGGGCAGGCAUUGAACAAGCACCACCCGGAGGAAUGUACGCGCGAAAUUAUCCCUUACGCCGCCACCAACACGCAGACGCGCAAGCAAAAGAUCCUCAGCCUGGCGUCCCAGCUGAAGUAUAACAAGAGUCCGACGCUGAAAGAAUUUGGCGUCGAGGUGGGCAGCGAGUUCGAGAAGGUACCGGCCCGCAUCAUCGAUGCGCCACCGAUUGAGUACGCACGGAGCGUUAAGGUUGCGCCGCAGUCCGGUGUGUGGCGGGCGGAAGGUAAGAACUUCCUCAUACCGAGCACGGACCUGAGCAAGAAGCCGCUGCGCUGGCGCAUCCUCAACCUGGACUCGAAAACGAACGAGGCGACGGUGAAGAAGUUUGGCGAGAUGCUGCAGCAGCAGGCCGUACGGUGCAACGUGCAGAUGGAACCGUUCGACAUGAGCACGACGUACGUGUUGGUGCGUAACGUGGCUAACGCGCUGCGGGACAUCGGUACGCUGCUGGAGGGCAUCAAAAAGCAGGAGCCGGCGAUCACGAUCGUGAUAUUGCCGAGCCGGGGCGAAGUGUACUCCAAGGUGAAGCAGAAGGCGGAGCUGGCGAGCGAGCGUAUCGGGAUACUGACGCAGUGUAUAAAGAGCUUCACGGUAUCGAAGAAGGGUACCGACCUGAGCACCCUGAACAACAUAAUGCUGAAGAUAAAUGCCAAAACAAAUGGAACGAAUCACUGCAUUUCGCAAGUCGCCGUACCACCGCUGGGACGCGGCAACGUGAUGUACAUCGGUGCGGACGUUACCCAUCCGCUCAGUGACGACACGCCGAGUGUAGUUGGCGUGGCAGCGCUGUACGAUAUGGUCGGCUUCCGUUACAACUGCAGCGUACGGCUGCAGGGCGCCCGCGAUGAGAUGAUACGCGACCUGGAGAACAUUGUGCACCGGCAGCUGCUGCUGUACCUGCAGCACAAUGGCGCGCUGCCCGACCGCAUCAUGUACUACCGGGACGGCGUUUCGGAUGGGCAGUUUUCGGAAAUUCUGACCAUCGAGCUGCAGGCACUGCACGCGGCUAUUGCGCGCACCAAACCCGGCUACAAGCCGGCACUAACUUUUAUCGUCGUGCAGAAGCGGCACCACACUCGGCUGUUCCCGCACGGCAACGGUACGUCGGAGGGCAGAAACUGCAAUGUACCGCCCGGUACGAUUGUGGACAGCGAGAUAACGAUGCCGAACCGUUUCGAAUUCUAUCUGGUCAGCCAUGCGGCCGUCCAGGGCGUUGCGAAGCCGACCAAGUACGUGGUGCUGUACGACGAUUCCAACUGCUUGCCGGACCAGCUGCAAGCAUUAACGUACAAUCUGUGUCAUCUGUUUGCGCGUUGCAACCGGGCGGUAUCCUAUCCCGCACCGACCUACUAUGCCCAUUUGGCCGCCUACCGUGGCCGGGUGUACAUCAAGGACCGGCGCAUCAACAUGAACGAUCUGGAAAAGGCUUACCGUGACAUUCAAAUCAUCUCCUCCGUCACUGACAUCAAUCCCAUGUUCUUCGUAUAAAGUUUGGUAGCAGCAGCAGUUGUAACGUAAUUUGAGGCGAUAACGGCGCCGGUCUUCACACAAAAAAAAAGUUUAAAAAAAGUCACAGAAAGCCAGAAAUGGCAGGCCGAGACCUCUCGCGGUUGUGUAGUGCCAAGGAGAGAUGAAGAAGAAAAAGUCGUAAGAAAAUAAGAGAAUACCCGGCAUAGGCUUUACCUUUGACUGCCUUCCAUAUGUGCGUUUGUUAUGUGUUAACCCCAGGCGGUGCCUGUGGACGAUUACUAUAUUCAAUUUAAUCAUAAUUGGUACAACAUGUUACAGAAAUCUUAGCGCACCAUGUCAGCCACCCUUGCUCGGACUUUCCCCUUAGCUGGAAGGCCAAUAAAUUCUAAUUUUUAACCCAAUUAUCCACCCAUUGCAAACAAUUUUCCUUUUUCUAUCGUGCAUUUCAUUGCAAUUUGAAGUUAGAAGGUGAUGUUGUGAUGAGAGUGAUAUUAUAAUACAUUAUUAAACGUACACAUAUAUAUAUUUAUCUAUUACUCGAUUUAUAAAAGCAACAAACAACCCAAAUUUAUAAAAAAAAAACACACAAAAAAAACGUUGGUAAUUCAUAAAAUAAAUUGUUAGACUUUGCUUCGUCUUGGAAGCGUGUCUAACGAUACACGAAACAAGGGAA